UAAACUGGAAACGUCAUGACUUUUCUAGCCCUUCUCUUCCUGGAAUCAAAGCUUUCCUCUCCUUGCUGCUCUCAUACAGCUUGAAGCUGGGAGGAGCCAACAUCUGAUUGGCUGCAGCUUCUCUGCACUGACCUGUGAUUGGUGGAUCGGAGCUCAAACCAGUUUCUGUUCUCUGGAGAUGAAACUCACACAGUCACUGUGACUGAGAGGUGAAAUGGCGCAGCAGGCAGUUCAGCUGAACCGAGAAACUUUCUCCUGUCCGAUCUGUCUGGAUCUACUGAAGGAUCCGGUGACGAUUCCCUGUGGACACAGCUACUGCAUGAGCUGCAUUAAAAGCUUCUGGGAUGAGAAUGAGGAGAAGAAAAUCUACCACUGCCCUCAGUGCAGACAGACCUUCACACCAAGGCCUCUCCUGCAGAAGAACACCAUGCUAGCAGCUUUAGUGGAGCAGCUGAAGAAGACUGGACUCCAAGCUGCUCCUGCUGAUCACUGCUAUGCUGGACCUGAAGACGUGGCCUGUGAUUUCUGCACUGGGAGGAAACUGAAAGCCUUCAGGUCCUGUUUAUUCUGUCUGGCUUCUUUCUGUGAGAAAAAUCCUCACCUUCAUUAUGAUUCAGCUACAUUUAAGAAACACAAGCUGGUGGAGCCGUUCAAGAACGUUCUGGAGAAUGUCUGCUCUCGUCAUGAUGAGUUGAUGAAGAUGUUCUGCCGCACUGAUCAGAAGUGUAUCUGUCUCAUCUGUCUGAUGGAGGAACAUAAAGGCCAUGACACAGUGUCGGCUGCAGCAGAACCAGAACCACAGAACAGAGCUGGAUUCUUAAAAUAUACAUUUGAAUUCUCAUUGGAUCCAAACACAGCAAACAGUAAUUUGGAAGUAAAUGUGAAGAACAGGACAGUGACAUGGACAAGGCGAAAUUUAUAUAACUGUACAGGCAAAUUUUCUGUUUGGCCUCAGGUUCUGAGCAGAGAGAGAGUGACUGGGCGUUGUUACUGGGAGGUGGAGUGGAAAGGGAGAGUUCGUGUAGCCGUCGCUUACAGCAAUAUCAGCAGAGCAGGAAACAAGAACGAAUGUGGAUUUGGAUACAAUGACAAAUCUUGGGCACUGAGUUGUUCUGAAAGCAGUUUUAGUUUUGGUCAUAACAACAUCUGGACCCCCACCCCGGGUCCAGUUUCCUCCAGAGUCGGAGUGUACCUGGAUGACAGAGCAGGUGUUCUGUCCUUCUACAGCGUCUCUAAAGUCAUGAAGGAUAUGACUCUCCUCCACAGAGUCCAGACCAGAUUCACUCAGCCGCUACAUGCUGGGGUUUGUGUUGAAGACAGGGAUUCUGAAUCUUUUGCAAAGUUCUGUUAACCCAAAUAGAUUCCCUUUUGUCUCUCUGAUAAUUGAUCAGGUUUAUUGUUCUGAUGUCUCUUCUGCCCUGAUCUUUUUUAUUGUUCUAGUUUAUUGUAGUUUUCUGUGUUCCAGAAGCCGUAAAGUACUUCACAGCUGAUGGAUCUUUUCUUUCUUAUGCAUCUCAGAAAUAUGUCUCCACAUGAAAAUAUAAACUUAAUGUGUGUGUUGAUGUAUUUGGAUGUUCUGGUUUGUAAAAGUUGAUGUAUAAUUCAUGUUUGACUGCAGCAUGACUAAUAUCUAGUCUCCUGUGUUUAACUUGCUUGGCUUUGAUAAAACUAGAGGAUCCAAGAACGAUUUGAUGCUUAGGAACAUACUAUCACUGCACGCUAUCUGAAAAUCAAAAAGAGGAGAUGUUGGUAAAAUAACCACAAUAUAAGCUGCAAUAAAUCCAGUUUCCUCAGUCCUGCU